GACGCACUGGUUCCUAUAAACGCUGAGUUUGUCUGAUAUAAAACCAGACAGGGUCAUUUCCACCAGCUCGAGCUGCUGGAGACAGAAACUCAGUUUCACCUGGAAAACAGCAAACUUCAGAUCUUCCUGAAGUUCCUGUCGAGAUGAAGAGGGAAUAAAGAUGGAGAUUUGAGACGAUCACCCCUGAACCCACCUGAAAAGUGGAAAACGAUUGUCUGAGCCAAUCAGGAAGCAGCGAUGGUGACGAGUGAGGAUCUGCUUUUGGAAACCCUGGAGAUGCUGGGACGUAAAGAUUUUGAGGCCUUCAAGUGGCACCUGCAGCAGGAGAAGCCGGAGAACUACAGCGGCUUCGGCCCGAUCCCGUUGUACAAGCUGGAGAAGGCGGACCGGAUGAAAACAGUGACGCUGAUGGUGCAGACAUACUCCCAUCACGUCGUGGAGCUGGCCAAGACGGUUUUGAGGAAGAUGAGCAUGAAUGACCUGGCCCAGAAGCUGUCAGACAGGAGCUCAGAACUAAAAGACGUGGAGAUGCACAAAUCUCAGCCUCUAGAAAAACUGAUCGAACAGUUUCAACGCACGAUGCAGACGCAUUUCCAGAGCAGGUUCAUGUUUGUUCAAGAGGGUAUGGCCGAGAAGACAGAAGAGCAGUGCCUGAAGGACAUCUACACACAGCUGUACAUCACAGACGGGGGGGAAAUGCCCAUCAACGAACAGCAUGAGAUCAUGCUGAUCAGGAACUCUAGGAAGACAGCAGUGCUACCCAUCGACCCCAGUGACAUAUUCAAGAGUCCCAUAGUUAAACCAUUAAGAACAGUGCUGACGACUGGAGUUGCAGGAAUUGGCAAAACAAUCCUCGUGAAAAAGUUUGUGUUGGACUGGGCCAAGGGAAGGAAAAAUCCAGAUGUGCAUCUGAUAUUCCCCUUUAGCUUCAGUGAACUGAAUCAACUGAAGGAGAAAAGGUUCAGCCUGGCAGAGCUGAUUCAUCGAAGUAUCUGGGAAACCAGAGACAUCCCCGACAAAGAUCUGAACCGUAUCUUUGCUAAACUACAGGCGUCAGGAAACUGUGACUUUAACAAAAGUCGAUAUAAACUUCUGUUUGUGUUGGACGGAUUGGAUGAAAGCCGCCUUCAGAUGGAUUUGACGCGAAGUGAACCUCAGCCGGUUGAUUUUGAUGUGACACAGUCGAUGUCAGUGGAGGUUCUGCUGACUGCCCUGAUCAGUGGGAACCUGCUUCCGUCUGCCCGGGUCUGGAUAACCACACGACCUGCUGCCGCCAGUCAGAUCCAUCGGGAUUUUAUCAAAAGAAAGACCGUGGUGAGAGGAUUCACUGACUCACAGAAGGAAGAAUACUUCAAGAAGAAAUUCCCAGAUGAGGAACAAGGCAGCAGAAUCAUCGCCCACAUCAAGGCGUCACAAAGCCUCUUCAUCAUGUGUCACAUCCCAGUUUUCUGCUGGAUCACUUCCACAGUUUUGCAGGAUAAAUUGAAAAGCCAAGCGAACAUAGAUCUGCCAACAACGUUGACUGAGAUGUACACAGAGUUCCUGCUGUAUCAAGUCAGGCAGACAGAAGAGAGAUGUGGCACAACAAAGAGCAUCAGGUACAUCAAGUCCUUAUCGAAACUAGCAUUCGACCGUUUGGAGAAGGGCAACCUCUUCUACGAGACAGAUCUGAAAGACAGCGGCAUUGAUUCACUCAAAGUGUCACAGAACGCUGGAGUGUUCACAGAAGUCUUUAAAGACGUGCGCAAGUGGAAGGACAACGGUAAGGAGAAGAUGUACCGCUUUGUCCAUCUGACCCUUCAGGAGUAUCUGGCUGCCCUGCAUGUUGUGAUGUCACUCAUUAACGACAACAAGAACGUACUGUCGGAGCAGAAGCUGAAACUGGGAGAUCUGUGUACGUUAUGCAGGAGAAUAACUCCUAUAACUGAGGUCCACGAGAUUGCAAUUGAGAAAGCGCUGAGUUCAAAUGGGCAGCUGGACUUGUUCCUACGCUUCCUCCUGGGCCUUUCCCUUCAGACCAAUCAGGAUCUUCUAAAGCGUCUGUUGAAUACGUCCAAAGGGUUCCCUCAGACCGACCAUCAACCCACGAUCCAGUCCAUCAAGGAGAGGAUGAGGGACAAUACAUCCCCAGAGAGGAGCAUCAAUCUAUUCCACUGUCUUAAUGAGCUGAGAGACGAUGCCUUGGUGAAGGAGAGCCAGCAGAACCUGAGUUCAGAAAGUGUGGCUGAUCGAUGUCUUUCUCCUGCUCAAGGAAAACAGCAAAUUUCAGAAGCAGCGAUGGUGACGGUUGAGGAACUGCUCUUGGAAACCCUGGAGAUGCUGUCAAUUGGAGAUUUUAUGGUCUUCAGGUGGCACCUGAACCAGCUGGAGAUCUACAGUGACUUCACCCAGAUCCCGUGGUACAAGCUGCAGAAGGCUGACUGGAUGGAAACAGUGACGCUGAUGGUGCAGACAUACUCCCAUCACGCCGUGGAGCUGGCCAAGAUGGUUUUAGGGAAGAUGAACAUGAAUGAACUGGUCCAGAAACUGUCAGACAGGAGCUGAGAACUAAAAGGUAACACGUGGAAAGACAAAGAGAAAAUCCUCAAAACGCUAAAUCUUGACAUUAAGAACUUGAUUUCAUAUCGUGAGCUGGAAUUUAAAUGAAUUGAAUAAAUCCAGUGAAUUGCCGGCAGCACCGAGUUAAGAGUGUUGAUCAUUUUUUGCUUUGUGCGACUGAAUUGUGCUGUAAUGAUGUAAAAAAGUAAUUUGCCCUCAGGUCCUUCUGUCUUGUAAAGAAGCCUAAUGAAUAAAUAAAGCUUAACUUGCCAAGUA